UCUAUGGUACUUGGAGACAAAACGAAUCGGGGAUUCGCCUCGCUGAGCGACCGAGUCAGCGUUCACCCCGAGCGGCCGAGCUGGAGGAGGGACCGGGGAGACAUGCGGCUCUGCUAAAAUAUUUUUUCUAGGAUUUUCUUUUCUUUUGGUUCGCCGUUCUCGUGUUUCUGUAACCCCGCGGGUUGUCAUGUAGCGGAGGCCGCCGUCAGGCUUGUGUUGCUGGGCGGGGAGGGGGAGAGCCCACCGCUAUACGGCUGCCGCCGCCGCUUCCACUGCGGUCACACAGCCAGGAGCCCCGCCGUCUGCGUUUAAAAUCUAUAAUCACCGACAGUAUAGGCUCUGCGGAGAUUCCACACGGCUGUGAAGGAUGGACGUAGGUGCGGCCGGUGGAGGAGACGGAGGCCCGAGGAGAGCCGACUCGGUCGAGGGAGGCCUGGAGAUUGUCCCGCUUGAGCUGUAUGACUCAGCCCGGGCCAAAAUAGACGCCAACCUUCGGUGGCUGUUUGCCAAAGCUUAUGGAGAAGAUCAUGUUCCGGCUGAUCUCAGAGACCCCUUCUACACAGAUCAGUACUGUGUGGAACACAUUAAGCCCCCUGUGCUGACCCUCCUGCUGUCUGCUGAGCUCUACUGCAGGGUGUGUGUUCUGCUGCUGAAGGGUGAUCAGACCUCCUCUCUGUCCUCCCAUCAGUCCGUCAUCCAAGCCCUGGCUCGCCGUGGCAUCUACGCCCGUGAGCCCGAUGACACGCCGGUUACCCACGACGACCUCAGCUCCACCCCCAUCAAGAUGAGCUCACACAUCCCCCUGAUAGACGCGCUGAUGCUGGCGUGCUCUGUGGAGAUGAUGAGUAUAGAGAGGGUGGUGUCCAGCGUUAAGCGUUUCUCCACCUUCAGCGCCUCCAAAGAGCUGCCCUUCGACAUGGAGGAUGCCAUGCUCUUCUGGAUCAACAAGGUGAUUCUGAAGACGAGAGAAAUCUCUGAGAAGGAGCUGAAGCUGAAACAGCAUCUGAUGGAAUCCCCCUGUCAUCAAAAGCCUGACUUCAUGCAUGCUCUGGCCCACUGCAUGUUGGAGCCAUUGGAGUUGUCUCGUGUGGUUCGUUACCGUAGAGACCACUUGUCUGGUCGGUGUCUCCCUCAUUUGCCGCUGGUUGAGGACCUGAUGAAGGAUGUGUGUGAUGGUGCCGCCCUGCUGGCUGUCAUUCAUUACUACUGCCCCGAUUACAUGAGACUAGAAGAUAUCUGUCUGAAAGAGGUUCUGUCCAUCUCUGACAGUGUUUAUAAUGUUCAGCUGCUGAGAGAGUUUUCCAACGAGUACCUGAAUGGGUGUUUGUACCUGCAAGCUGAGGACCUGUUGUAUGCUCCCCCAGUAUUAAAGCACAAUGUGAUGGUCUACAUAGCUGAGCUGUUCUGGUGGUUUGAAGUGGUGAGGCCAGAUUUUGUAAAACCCAGAGAUCCACAAGAUAUUAAAGAUGCGAGACCCUCAAUGCAGACGAAGAGUUCACGCCCUCACGUGCCCAUCUCAAACGCCACCAAGCGCAGCUUCUUAAGCACCUCCCCUUCUGUUGACUCGAUGGUAGCAGGCUCCUCCCACGACACCUAUAUCAGGUAUUACCUGCAUCCAGAGGAGUCUGCGUCUACGUCUGUUGCCAAAGUAAGCCCCUCACACAGCCCCUCCCACCAGCUCCUGCCAUUAAGGCCGAGGCAACAGAAACCCGCCCAGGAGGAGGAGACUGCAGAGUUCAGGAACAGGUCCAGCUCUCUCUCACGCAUGGACGGACACAGUCCUGGAUCCCGGCUGGCCUGGAUGGAGAGAAGACAAAGACCACUGUCUCAGAUGGAGAUGGAGUGGGAGCGCCUGUGUGGUGACAACAUUAGCUUGGCGCGCUCCAUCAGCAAAGACAGUUUAGCCUCCAACGUCAUCUCCAUCACUCCCCGUCACCAGGUCAACGGCCAGUCUGUUCCCCACGUGGCCUGCGCUCACGAUAUUGAGGAUCAGGAGGAGGAGCUUGUGGCUGUUUUAGGCUCUGGGAGCAUGGCCACCUUCCGAGACCCCCGUCCUGAGAGCUUUUUCCUGGAGCCGCUGCAGCCGGCCGUCCUGCGUCCAAACAAAGAGAAGUCUGCCCCGGUCAGUAAGAGGGACGAGAGCGGGGAGGGGCGGGGCCAGAGACGGAGGGGUGUUCACACCCCAACCGAGCACACAGCAAUCAAUCAGACCUUUACCACCGUCAGUGCUGUUGGUGCUGUUGACUCUGAGGACGCGCCGCAGUCUGGCGGCUUCUUUCUUCACAGUAAGUCAGAGUGUGUGAGAAGCAGCCCAGUCGACAUCUGGGUGGGCAAAACUUCAGACUCCGAGUUCGAGGAAGAGGAGGUGGAUGAAGUUGAGGGCGAUGACCUGGAAGACCAGGGCUUCAGAAAGGCUCGCUUGAGGAAUAUGCUGGGCCAUGGGAAGGAGGAGGAGGAAUCGAGUAAGUUGCAUGAGGAGGUGCGAAUGCGUGAACGUGAGGACAAAGAGGGAGCCAGCGGUCGCUCCAGCCCAUGCCCCAGCACACUCUCACAGGCCAGCAGCACUUCCACCGGCGCCGGACACACGAGGCACUCCAGUCCAUGUCGGAGCACACUUUCGCAGGUCAGCAGCGCGUCCAGCCGCAUGACCAGCUUUGCAGAGCGGCGGAUGCACCGUGCCGGGACACCUGAUGACUACUACAGCAGCUGCAGCUCCCAGACGACCACUCCAGACGGGUCGGAAUGUGCCCCCUUCCCACCUGUCACAAGCGGCACAGUUAGCCCCAGCCCCAAGUCUCGAGGGGGCGUGGCCUCUGAGCUAGUCCACUUGCGCAUGCAACUGGAGGAGAAGCGGCGGGCUAUUGAGACACAAAAGAAGAAGAUGGAGACGCUGUCAGCCCGGCAACGGCUGAAGCUUGGCAAGGCCGCCUUUCUGCACGUGGUCAAAAAGGGGCGAGGUGACACUCUGCCACGCCCUUUCAAGCAGGAUCUCACGAAGGAGAAGGAAAAGGAGACGGCGAAGGACGACUCAUGUGUGGAGGCUCUGAAGACCAGAGGCAAAGAGGUUGAAUCCAGUCUGGGUAAAGAAUCCAGGCAGUGGGGGGAAAUUUCUUCCAUGUCCCCUGCUGGUCUGGAGGGGGAUAACCGUGCAAGUGAAGGCGAGGAGAUGGGAGGGGAACUGGACUUGGGCGAAUGUAGUCGCUCUAUUGAGCUUCUGAACGAUGCUAUUGGGGCUAUUCAACAACAAAUGGUGCAGCUUUCUGUCCAACAGGACCUGCUUAUGCGGCAGACCGCCCUUUCACCAACACAGGAGAAAACCACACAAGACAAACCCACACAGGAGAAACCCCAGACUCCCAGUGAGCAGGAGCCUAAGCCUCGGCCCUCGGUGCAGUUUGUGGAGAUCUCCACAGCAACCCGGCGUCCUCCCAAGCUGAGCUCAGGACGUACACCACGGACCAAACCUUCCGAGCUCAAGCUGAGUAAAAGCACGAAGACCAUUAACAUCGACCCAAGACCCUCACCAAUCAGCAGGACGCCCCGAUCAGAAAAUGAGGAUGAGGGCGUGUUUAAAGAAGGCGGUGACAAAAUCAAUGGACGCAGCUCGGCCCGAGGCUUGGCCCGAAAUGCAACAUUCCGUCUCCACGAUGCUUGUAAUCGAAGAGCAGACGGUCCAGAGUCACCGAAAGCAGAACCGCCUACAGUAGAACCAACAGAAGCAGAACUAGCCCGUGAGAGGAGUGGGUCCGGAGGCUCAGGGAAAGAAAAUAUCCCCGUUCCAUCUGAGGAAAGCCGGGCAAAAGCACAGCUAAUUGAGGUCGACCUGUCUGACCUGGCCAACCCAGACUCCGGCACAGAGGCAGAGGGAGAGGGAGAGCAGAAAUCAGGACUGGGCUUUUUCUUUAAGGAUGAUCAGAAGGCUGCAGAUGAGUUGGCUAAGAAGCGAGCAGCGUUUCUGCUGAAGCAGCAGAAGAAGGCAGAAGAGGCGCGGCUUCGUAAACAACAACUGGAGGCGGAGUCAGAGCUGAAACGAGAUGAAGCCAGGCGGAAGGCAGAGGAGGAGAGAGUGCGUAAGGAGGAGGAGAAGGCCCGUAGGGAGCUCAUCAAGCAGGAGUACCUGCGUAGGAAACAACAGGAGCUGCUGGAGGAGCAGGGGGUAGCUAAGCCUCGCCCACGACACAGGAAGCCCCGCCCCAAAUCGGUCCAUCGACGAGAAUCUGGCAACAGUACCCCUGUGGGUCUGUGCACUGCUCCGUCUGGUUCCUCUCUCUCUCUGGCCUCUGCUGCUACUGAAGGGGACAGCGUCACUUCUGGAGGAGGCUCGCAGAGGGGCGAGUCGGUGGAGUCAUUCCCGAUGUUGAGCCGUAACGCCAGCAGGAACAUGGAAAGAGACUGGGAUAAUGGCUCCACAGCAUCAUCCAUCACUUCUGUAGCAGAAUACAAUGGCCCAAGAUUGUUUAAAGAGCCCAGUGCUAAGUCCAAUAAGCCGAUCAUUCAGAACGCUAUCGCUCACUGUUGUCUGGCCGGCAAGGUCAACGAAGCGCAGAAAAAUGCAAUCCUGGAGGAAAUCGAGCGCUGCGAGUCCAAUCACCUGAUGAUCCUGUUCCGUGACGGUGGUUGCCAGUUCCGGGCACUCUACACCUUCGCUCUGGACACGGAGGAGAUCCUGAAGCUGGCCGGCACCGGCCCCCGUGCCAUCACCCGCAAGAUGAUCGACAAGUUGUUCAAAUACAGCAGCGACCGCAAGCAGUUCACCGUCAUCCCCGCCAAGACUGUGUCGGCCAGCGUGGACGCAAUCACCAUCCACAACCACCUGUGGCAGGUCAAACGACCCGGCUCCUCCAAGAGGAAGUGAGACAGCACGCCCUGCCUACUUAGUAUCCUGACUUAUGCAUCCUUAUUGGCUAAAGAACUGGCUUCCCACACCUCCUUCUGCUCUAUUGGCUGCCUAUUGGCUACACAGGCAGGUCUAGUUACACCAGUUAUUGGCUCACCAGCUGCUUCCUUCACUGUCCUAUUGGCUGUCGGACUGUCGGAGUGGGUGUGCUCUAUUUGGACCAGUGUGUGUGUGUGUGUGUGCGCGUGUGUGCACACAGCAGUGCGUGUGUGUGUGUGUGUGGGUGACCUCCACUCUGGAACCAGGCAGAGGAACCUGUAAAAUCGGCCUGUGGAACCAUGCUAUCACCAGGCUGCCUUGAUCUGCAUCCAAAACUCUGCCUUCGCUGAUCACAGGAUCGAUCGUGUGAGGAGCACACCCAGCGUGGGCUGUGGAGGGGUGGGGUGUGUCUGUGUGUUUGAUUGACAGAGAGCAUUACUGAGCAUUAAUAUAGAUCUCUGAAGCUGCGUGUCAUUCUGUACUCAACAUCAGGUCUGUGUUAGGAGUCCCGGGUCUGAAAAAUGAUUGCUGUUCCAGUCUCUCUAUCUUGCAUAUGUUUUUAUUUGGCCAAAAGUCGCUUGUAAACACGUACUGAAGAAUGCAUUCAGCUACUUCAAGUUGCACCCUUUGCUAACUGAAAAUGCAUAUGCACUAACACAACUUGUUUAGUCACUGUAGAGAACUACUGCUGAAAAGACAGAACGCUCUGGAGCAGAUAAAAAUGAACCUAUUGGCACCAUGCCUAAUAACUUCGUGGUCGAGGGGUACAAAGCCCGCCAGCAUUGAGCUGUAGAACAGAGGUCUGGAAAAAAUUAAGAGACCACUUCAGUUUCUGAAUCAGUUUCUCGGAUUUUUCUAUUAAAGUAUAUUAAAGUAUAUGUUUAAGUAAAAUUAACAUUGUUGGUUUAUUCUAUAAACUACAGACAUAAUUUCUCCCAAAUUCCAAAUAAAAAUAUUGUCAUUUAGAGCAUUUAUUUGCAGAAAAUGAGAAAUAAGUGAAAUAACAAAAAAGAUGCAGAGCUUUCAGACCUUAAAUAAUGCAAAGAAAACAAGUUCAUAUUCAUACGGUUUUAAGAGUUUAGAAAUCAAUAUUUGAUGGAAUAAUCCUGGUUUUUAAUCACAGUUUUCAUGCAUCUUGGCAUGUUCUCCUCCACAAGUCGUACACACUGCUUUUGGAUGACUUUAUGCCACUCCUGGUGAAAAAACAGUAGAAAAAGAUCUCCACUUUUUAAUAUGAUUAAUUUUACCCCUUUAUCAAGACUUGUGUAUAUUACACCACAUAAUCAAAAACAAACAAAAAGAGAUUUUAAUCUGUUUUAAUUUGUUUAGUGUUGGAAACCUUUUUUUUAGGUGUAUAUAUUUACUGAUUAUAAAUGCGAUUGGCUUGUUUCUAAGUCCAUUGUUUACCAUUAGCAUUAGUGUGUUAGCAUUUUAGCCUGCCUUUUGAGCGGAAGAAACACACAUUGUUUUUACUGUCCAUGUGGUUAAAACUAACAGUUAAUUGAGUAUUAAUAUAACAUAUAUUGCACAGGUUUCUUACAACAUUAUGCAAUAGCAGCAUUAAAGUUACUCUGUAUUUUGGUGCUUUUUGAUAAGGUUUGCCAGGUAAAUAUUUACCCCUGUGGUUCUAUCAGCGAUUUUAUCAUUGUGAACUUAAACAAUUCAACCAGUUAAACAGCACUAAUCACACUUUACAUAAAAAAAAUGAUGCAGUUGGGUUAGUGUUCUCUAGGUAUUGAUGAUGAUAUUCUCGAUAUUCUUCUUGAUAAAAAGACUUAUCACUAUAAAGCUCUAGAAAAAAAUGUAAGAGACCAUUAGUUUCUGAGUCAGUUUCUCUGAUUUUGAUAUUUAUAGGUAUAUGUUUGAGUAAAAUGAACAUUGUUGUUUUAUUCUAUAAACUACAGUCAACAUUUGUCUCAAAUUCCAAAUAAAAAUAGUCAUUCAGAGCAUUUAUUUGCAGAAAAUGAGAAAUGGCUCAAAGAACAAAAGAGAUGCAGAGCUUUCAGAUCUCAAAUAAUGCAAACAAAAAAACAAGUUCAUAUUCAUAAAGUUGUAAGAGUUCAGAAAUCAAUAUUUGGUGGAAUAACCAUGGUUUUUUCAUCAGUUUUCAUGCAUAUUGGCAUAUUCUCCUCCACCAGUCUUAUACACUGCUUUUGGAUGGAUAACUUUAUGCCAGUCCUGGUGCAAAGAUUCAAGCAGUUCAGCUUGGUUUGAUGGCUUGUGUUCCUCUUGAUUAUAUUCCUAGAGUUUUCAAUUUGAUAAAAUCAAAGAAAAUCAUAAUUUUUCAGUGGUCUCUAAUUUUUUCCAGAGCUGUAUGAUAAAGUAUCAUCAGGUUGCCCACCUCUAAUAUUAUCCACUGUAGAAUGUGUUUGUUUUCCAUAACUUAAGCUUCUCAGACCAGUAUGUUGUAAUAAGUGCUGAAGGCGAGUGCAGAAUGACGGCACGGCUGCAGAGCUCUGUGUGAUGAAUGUGUUUCUGAGUUUACUGUGUUCACUGGUUUUGUAACGGCAGGUUUCUCUGCAUGUGGCACUUUUUUCAGUUGGGAAAGCGCUGGGUUUGUUUUUCUACUGUAGUAUUAUUUCACAUUUCACCUCACUAUUAAUGGCACACACACACACUCAUGGUCAGUGCAGUGUGUCUGUGUGUGUGUAUGUGUGUGUGUUUUGCGUGUUUGCGUGUGUCUUGGGUUUCCCAUAUUUCUAAACAUGCUGCUGUUCUUUUUUUUUUUUUCUUCUCUUGAAUGAUGCUCACUUUAGCAGUGCACUACAUCCAGCGCUACAUGUAGACUGAGAGUGGGUGAAAGUAUAGUUAGCAUGAUUGUAUGCUAAUGUGAAGACACUGUACUGGCCUUUAGUCACGUUUUAAGAGCUUUUAUUCUGGAUCAACACUGGAUCCAUUGUCUCUGUGUCUUUUCUGUCCUUCACUAUAACCUUUAUUAUCAUUCCAGCCCUCUUCUGACCUCCUAACACCACUCUUUUUCACACAUCUCCUCACUUUCCCUGUUGUCUGUUCUUUUUUAACGGCUGCUGACAGUAUUUCAGUAAUGUGCUUCAGUUAUUCCUCACUGAGGAGCCUGACUGUCUGAAGACACACCGAUUGUUUGUGCGCGUGUGUUGGUUGGUGUGUGUAUGCGUGCGUAAGUGUGUGUGUGUUAGUGUUCGGUACAGAAUGUAAUGUAUGCUCUUCUGGGACCUCUGUGAGCAGGGUUCUCUGAUGUAAAUGUACGGAUUGUAAAGACCUUUGCUUUACUUUUUUUCUUUUAAAUAUUCUUCCAUAUAUUUAUUUUAAAGAGGAACACUGAAGAUUUAAUAAAUUAUUAAAGCAAA